CUUAUCUAGAAAUUGAAUUGUUGAUAAAUCAAAUAAAUUAAGCAAGCAAUAAAAAUGAUGUUGAAUUCAAUCGAGAAAAUAUCCCUAGACGAUAUUCCUCCUACUCCCACGUUGAGAUGUUAUUGUGAUACUCUAAUGCUAUUGUGAGACUCUUUCCCUACUCCCUAAGUGGUAAGGCAGGAAGUUGGUUGAACAAUAGAUCUCCACUCUUGAUCACAUCUUGGGAGGACUUGUUGACCAAGUUCAUGGCAGUGUACUUUCCACCUUCUAAGAUGGCGGAGUGUCAAAAGAAGAUCACCCAUUUUUUUCAAGAAGAUGAUGAGACUUUGAGGGGUGCUUGGGAGGGCUACUCCAAUCUCUUUCUCCAAUGCCUACACCAUGGUAUUGAUGAGCAAUUUUGAAUUGAAACUUUCUACAAUGGUCACUUUCAAUAGGACCAUAUUCUCAUCGAUUACUUGUUCCAAGGGAAUAUGCUUAACAAGACUCCACCGCAAAUGACAGAAUUGUUUGAAUAAAUGGCUGCAAAGGGCUAUGGUUGUGGUAUGACAAGGUGAAGAAGGAAGAUUUUUGAGAAGGGAGUGCAUUCCACUUAAGCAUUCCUUCACUUGAAGCGAAGAUUGUUCUUCACUUGAAAUGAAGAUUGAUGGGUUGCUCAAGUUGUUGAUGAAGGAUAGAAACCAAGGCAAGAGUUUGGUUAUGGUGUGUGAAUGGUCUUAUAGUCCCGGUCAUGUAGUAAAAGAAUGUCAAAUUAUUAUGGAGGCAAUCACUCUAGAAGAGCAAGUUCACUUCAUUGCUAAUGCUACGUGGACCAACAAUAACAACAAUUCCUAUAGAAAUACAUACAAUCCAGGAUGGAGCAAUCAUCCAAAUUUUGCAUGGUCUUCACCCACUAAUCCAAGACCACCCGGUUUCCAAGGACCAACCAAAGGUUAUCAACCAAGAUCUCCAUUUGUUUAACAAAAACCGUGAUUCCAAUCCUCAAACUAUCAAAAACAACAAUUUUAAUCAUAAUGUGUGCAACGGUUUCAACAAUAACAACAACAACAACUCGACAAGGUCUCCAAACUGGAAGACCUAGUUACAACCUUUGCUAGUUCAAGUACUCAAAAGUUUCAGAAGAUUCUGAAGUUUUUGAAAGUUCCAACAAACAAGUUUACCUUAGUUUAGGCGGGUUUAAUAAGUCAUCAAGCAAGCCUUCAAAAAAUGGAGACUCAAAUAGGCAACCUAGACGAAAUCCUCAUGAAGAGACCACAAGGAGCUCUACCUUCACAAAUCAUUGCUAACCACAAAGAUCCAAGAGCGUGGGUGCAUUUUAUUUCACUAAGAAGUGGGAAGGUAACUCAAGAUGUUGCGACGAAGAAGAUAAUACAAGAAGAGGGAGAAGCCCCUCCAAAGGUCGAUGAACAAAAUCCUAUGGAGGGAAAUGACUACGAGGCUAAGAAGGCACCGCCAACGCCACCCCUCGUGGUUGAGUGCAAGCAUCCAUUUCCUUUCCCCACAAGAUUUCACACGGACCAUUUGAAGGCGGAGUUUGGAAAAUUCAUGAAGAUCUAGGUAGCUUUACUAUCCCUGAGCAAGGAGUGCUCGACAAUUAUCCAAAAUAAGUUGCCUGAUAAGCAACAGGAUCUAGGUAUCUUUACUAUCCCUAUUUGGAGUGGAACAUGUCACACAGACAAGUCCUUGGAGGACUUAGGAGCCUGCAUUAAUGUCAUGCCACACAAAAUUUCUCAAUUCUCCUCACCUAAGAACUCUAACCUGAUUCUCCAAACUCAACUAUGGGCAAGUUCAAGACAGACCUGGAGAUGCAAGUAGGGUUAGAGAGGAAGGUGACGAUAUGGAAAGGGUGUCAAAAAUCGGCCAUAAAUCGCCCUCCCAUAAAAAUUAGAGCCAAAUCACUCCAAAACCAUGGAAAAGGGGCACCUUGACGAGGGGAAUAUGGGUUGAGUCUCGGUUUUUUAUUUGGGUCGCUUGAAGUUGAUGAAAUCGACAAAAUACAGAAGGUUAAUGCGGUAUUGGGUAGUUGAAGAGAAUUCCGGCAAAAAUGAGGGCGUGAAGAGAGGGCGGUCACGAACCCUUUAUAUAUUGCUCGAGGGUGAGAGUUGCGGUUUCGUGUGAAUUCGCACGGUCUUGAGACCGUGACAAUAGCCUGCAAACCGCGACAUGGUACCAAAAUGCACCAUUUGGGUCUAAUUUCAUUUAAACCUGAAAACUGCAAUUCACACAUUUUGGGCCGAUGUCGCGGUUUGGCUUCAAUUGUCACAGUCUACAAGCCGCGACAUUUGACCAUAAACCAUGACAAUGAUAAAAACAGAGCGUUUUGACAAUUUUCAACUUCUAAUCUAUUCAACUGUGCCCCUAAUUCAAACACCACUCAUUCAGACAUUCAAACACAUAGACCAUAGCAUGGUGCUCAUGCAGAACUCGCCCAUUUAACUCAAACACACACAGAAACAGAGAAAAAUAGGGCAAAGAAACACGAACUGGCAUU